AUGGCUGCAGAGGACAUUCACUUCGAGUGCUACGCUGAUCACUGUGAGACGAUGCCGUUUGAUGAGAUCGUACUAUAUUCUGGAUGGUUGGAUGCCAGUUCGACCAUCAUUGUCUGUUAUCUUCCAGAGCGCAUCAUGCGUCAGUUCGGCUACCAGCAGAUGAUACCUCGCCACCCAUAUGAGUCCGCUCCUAUCGCCAUGACCCGUCGGCAUCUAGAUGAGGUCUUUGCAUUUUGGGAGCACCACUUGGUUCCUGCCGAGGCUCGGGCGACCACAUUAGAGAGGGACUGGAGCUGCGUCGAAGGGUACAUCACCUAG